AUGGCUUACAAACAUGAGGAUCUUUCUCCACCGCUGGAUUCCACUUCCAGCCCACCUCCUCUUUUUGAUGGCACUACAAGGCUGUACGUAUCUUAUACCUGCCCAUUUGCACAGCGGGUGUGGAUCACUAGGAAUUAUAAGGGUUUGCAAGAUAAGAUCAAGUUAGUCCCUAUAAAUCUUCAAAACAGGCCUGCUUGGUACAAGGAAAAGGUCUAUCCUGAGAAUAAGGUGCCAUCACUGGAGCACAAUGGAAAGGUCAUUGGAGAGAGUCUUGAUCUGAUCAAAUAUGUGGAUAGUAACUUUGAAGGGCCUUCACUUUUCCCCACCGACUCUGAGAGAAGAAAGUUUGGUGAAGAACUAAUAACCUACACUGAUACCUUCACUAGGGCCUUGUAUUCUUCAUUCAAAGGAGACGCAGCGAAAGAAGCCGAUGCUCAGUUUGAUUACUUGGAGAAUGCUCUUAAAAAGUUUGAUGAUGGGCCAUUCUUUCUGGGUCAGUUCAGUUUGGUGGACAUAGCCUAUAUUCCGUUUGUUGAGAGAUUCCAAGUCUUCUUGUCAGAGGUGAUCAAGUAUGACAUCACAGCAGGGAGGCCUAAACUAGCAGCAUGGUUUGAGGAAAUCAACAAGAUUGAAGCUUAUAAGGUGACCAAAACUGAUCCAAAGGAGCUUGUUGAAUUCUACAAGAAGCGCUUCUUGGACCAACAGUAA